AUGGUGGUCACGAGUGAGACGCCAUGGAGCGAGAAGUACAGGCCACAGACUCUGGACGAAGUGGCCUUCCACAAGGAUAUAAUUGACACGAUCAAGAAGCUUCUGAAUGAGAACCAGCUGCCGCACCUGCUGCUGUACGGGCCGCCAGGCACGGGGAAGACCUCCACCAUACUGGCACUGGCUCGGCAGAUGUACGGCCCAGGGGCUGCUAACAUGGUGCUGGAGCUGAACGCCUCAGAUGACCGUGGCAUCGGCAUCGUGCGGAACGAGAUCCAGGACUUUGCAGGGACACGGAGUAUCUUCAACAAUAAAUUCAAGCUGAUCAUCCUGGAUGAGUGUGACGCAAUGACACGGGACGCCCAAAUGGCUCUGAGGAGAGUGAUGGAGAAGUAUGUGAGAAAUGCCCGCUUCUGCCUCAUCUGUAACUUUGUGAGCAAGAUCAUCCCAGCGCUGCAGUCACGCUGCACACGCUUCCGCUUCCAGCCCCUCCCGCCCAGCUUCGUGACGGAGCGCCUCACCUCCAUCUGCGCCCUCGAAAAGGUGCCCACGACGCCUGAGGGGCUGGAAGCCCUGGUCCAGCUCGGAGAGGGCGACAUGCGACGCGUGCUCAAUCUUUUGCAGUCGGUGGUGAUGUCGGCAGGCGAGGUCAGCGAGGUCAGCGCCUAUACAUGCGCUGGGCGGCCCCUCCCGGCAGACAUAGAGAGCGCGAUGCACUGGCUCCUCAACGAACCCCUGACCGCAGCGAUGGAGAAGCUGACGGAUCUGCAGCGGUCCAAGGGAGUGGCACUGGUAGACAUCUUGCAGGCCCUCCACCCGUUCGUUUUCAGGAUUGGGAUGCCGCCCGAGGUGAGGAUCGAGCUGGUGCGGAGCCUGGCGUCGGUGGAGCACAGGCUGGCCUUCGGGACCAGCGAGAAGUUGCAGCUGGGGGCGGUGGUGGGGGCAUUUGCCGCCGCCAAGGCCGGCAUCGUCGCCAGCGCCAGCUGA